AUGUGGCACUAUGUAUACAUACAACGGACCAAGCCUAUUGAAAUUUCAACAACUCAUCUUGAUUCAGACCCUCGUGUUGUCUCACCCGGUGUGUCCAAGCAGAUGAUGUUGGACUGGAUGCAUAUCAAUCAUCCAAAGAUUCCAAUACGACCGAGGAUUGACCCAGUUGGUUUGGCUGAGCUGGUUCGAUCAGUCCAGCCCGAAUACUUUCCUAAUCCAGCCACUGACAAACUUGCUUGUACGACUGCCAGCGCUUCAAGCAUUGAGGCAUCUAUCUUGACCGAUCAGCCCACUACCACAACCAUGGAGAUCCGCAGUUCAACCUCUACAUCACGAUACCCCAAGCUUCAAUCACUCGAAGAACUCCAAGAUUCCAAGCCUUUCCAACCGCCGACUCCGCCAUUUUUCAAAUUAAACACAGUUGGACGACAGGGCAAGCGAGUUGCGUCCUCCGAGGUCAAACAAAGUCCAAAGAGUAGUGAAUUGGGUUCAGACAUACGUCGUAUAAGCUCAAAGACUUCCAAGAAGAAAAAAAUCACCCAUUCGUCCCAAACUGUCACAAAACCUACCAAGUCGACUGGGGAUUCCGUUCAUCCAAGUAUCCAGCCAUCUUCACCUGGUCACAUCAAUUCAAAUACGUCUCUCACUUUUGAGCACGAUGAGAAGGAUCUCAAAGACCUACACGACUCUCUCGCCAUGCCAGCCUUGCCUUCACAGGGUGCUAUCACCAAAUUACAUGUUCCCAAACGUAAUGCAAUGAAACCCUCGCCUAUUCUUGAUCACAUUGAACCUCGGAUCGUUCCUCAACAGCCAGCAUAUUCCGAAAGUACUGAAAUCAAAGAUCUCAUUGAUUUUUCGGAUACUGAUUGUAUGGAUAUUGGAAACCAAGUGUUAGGCAAGGAUAUUCCGCCAAUUUCUCCUACCACUGUGAUUGGAAAGAAGCGAUCAGGUGUUGAUGUGUUUAAGGAAGAAAGGGGACGUGAAGCACGUAUUUGUCAGCUCGAAAAAUCAAUUGCUCAAAUCUUGGAAGAGGUGGGUCAACUGAGUGCUGACGUUUUACAAGCCAAAACGCAACUGGAAGUUCAGGAACACAAGAUUCAAAUACUCAAAACAGAUCAAGAGUGCCUGAAGAAAACAGCUAACAUUACGAGUACACUUCAUCCACAAGUUACUCAUUUAGAAAUUCGAGUUGACACCUUGCGCCGCAAAGUAGACACAGAUCACGAAGAGAUUGUGACACAUGGUCACAUCCUUGAGAAGUUGAUGGCUUCGGAUGACGAAGAAGAUGAGAGUAGCGAUUAG